AUGGAACCGAGCCCUGGCAGCAGUAGUUCUACCGUGCCCGGAGGUGGUGGAACGGGGCUAGCGGUGGGUAGUAGUGCUGGCAGUAGCGGAGCUGUUGGGGGCAGUGUGGUAACGCGACCCCCCAUUACAGCACUGUUUCGCGAAAUUCACAAAAACAGCUGGCUCCGGCGGUUGAACAACGACAGCAGGCGACCGUCCGUACUGACCAAGAAACCGGAUCGAUAUUGGGUGGUGUUUUGCGUACACGAUGACUGUGAGGCAUUCCUGGAGGGCUACAGUGACCCACGGCAAGCCCCAUCGCACGCCCCUGAAUGGGCAUUAUCGCUCCAAACCGUCCAGCACGUCUCGCACGCCCUCGUGUCCAUAGAGCAGGAGUUUGAAUUUGUGAUAACACUCGGCAGCGAGGUGGCCCGCUUCAAUGCCAACACCUGGGAAUGUAUGCAGGAAUGGGUGGAAUGCUUACGUUCGAAGCUGCGCGAGAUGAAGCUGCUGUCGCCGAAGGAGAAUUUGUACUCGCGGCUACCCGAGGUGCGCCCACCGUUGGCACCGACGCGCGAUCCAACCUCUCCCCUGCCGGCAACGCCACCUGUACCGGCCGCAAUCGUACCGGGCAUCGAGCGUGUUCAGCCACCGUCCUUGGUACAGCAGCAGCAUCACGGCCACCACUCGAACUUGGCUGGUGUAAGCGGACAGUCGGCGACCUCGCUACCAUCCGGGCCAUCUGGUUCGGGCAUGGCAAGCGGUACGAUCGUCUCUAACACCGGCACAACAAGCUCUAUUUCUUCCUCAUCAUCAUCCGCAUCAUCCUCGUCGUCGUCAUCGUCUUCGUCGUCCUCGAACGCCUCAUCCUCAUCGGGAACCAGCUACUCAUCAACGCUCACAUCCAUAUCGAAUUGUCCGAACGGUGAGCGUGUGAGCGCCACAGGCCCCCCGGCCAUGUCCAACACGUCCACGCAGAACCUCAUGAACCUGCUGUCGAACCCGCUGCAAGCAGUGAGCAGUAUUAACGCACAAGCUAGUAAACCUCUGUCGGGCACCGCCACCGACAGCAUAUCGCUCGGAUCAUCCUCCUCGUUGAUCUCGGAAGAAGAACCGCCAGAGGAGCAGCUUAAAUGCAACAUGUCCGCUUCGCCACCGCGCGAUUCGCCCCCGAGUUCCAGUUUGCCGAAACCGCAAAAAAUAACGCACAGGGAUAGCGCGGGCCAUAAUGGUGUCGCCGCGCAUCAUAAUCAUCAUCCGGCGGUGACACACGCAUCUGGCACAUCGACCACAACCUCCUCGCUGGCGACCACGUUCGUUACCAACGUGCUGGCCGAUCCAUCCGGAACGGCCGGACCAUCGUUGAAGCGCACCAUUAUCGAUAAAAAGCUGCUGCUCGAUGUAAGGCCGAGUCCCGAACGGUCCGCCACUGACUGUGAUGUUGGCAGCAGUGCCUCCAACGCCAUCAAUGGCCACACCAACGAUGCGCUCUCGAACGAUGAGUCGUGGUCCAGGCAGCCGCAACAGAACGGAUCCUGCAGCAACGGUCGCAGUGGCACUGCAACGGUCAAUGGUGGCGAAUCGACAGUAUCGUCACCAUCGAUGCUAACAAAAUCUGCCGCCAUCUGUAUCGGGUCACCGGCAUCCAGCGGUGCAAGAGCGGAACCGAAACGUACCCGACGAAAAAUAUCUCCCGUCGCUAGUUCAUCGCCCCGAUCACCCACGGUAGCGAACGGAGAAGAUCAGGUAGCGAACGUUACCAUCAUACAAGUGUCGAACAGCGCCAAUGGAACGACUCCAUCGCCAACAAUCACCACAGCUUCUUCGCCGAAGCCCCCAGUGUCUAGAUUUAACUUUCCGAAAGCAAAACCGUCGAUUAUCACCCCAACCUCAGUACCGUCCGGUGUGUCCACCAUCAUAACGGAUGACCCGGGACCCGGUAACGACCAUAACUAUAAGAGCAACGUGCAAAUCAUUCCGUCCAACGUUGAGUAUCCGUCGAAUGGAGAUCAACUCGUGCAGCCGUCUAUUAUCGCGUCGAUAAACGAACAGCAGAUCACAACGGUUACAGUGCCGAACGUUUCGCAGUCAGUGCCGAUCAGCUCAACUGUGAUGUCUACGCCACGAACACAACCAAGCGCACCGGCCACCGUACAGGUCGCUGUGGCAACCUCCUCUACACCGAUCAAGGGACCGGAAAGUAAUUUCGGCACCGUGACACAGAUUGCCGUAAAUUCGUCAUCGGUCGCUGGUGAUGGGCCGGGUGUCAGCAAACCGAUCCAUUGUCAACCACCAGCCACCCAACAGUCUUCAUCCAAUAGUCAACAUUACGAGCAGGUUUUUCUAACCAGUUCCGUGCAGGUUACGUCCGGAAGUGCACCAACAGAGGCAAACUUUGAGGAGCAGGCAAUAGUUUCCGUCGCACCGAUCCUCUCCAAACCAGCCGGGAAUAAAAGCAGCAAAGUGCUACUGCUCAGCAGGCAGUCACGCUCGUCUAGUCAUUCCGAUAUUCCACUUCCCGGGAGGUUAGCAAUAAAGGGUACCCGGACAAACGAGAUUGGUGGCGGUAAUGAUAAGGAAAAUCGUGUACAACACGAUAGUAUCAUUGUUGGUAAUGUUGCCAGCAGUGGUACGGCCUCUACAUCCAAGCAAGGAUCGGUUCCAACUGCGGCUGCUCCGACCCAUCUGACCGGUGGUAGUCCUUCGAAACGACCGGCUGUAGAUCGAAACAUCUAUACACCCCAUCCACAACGUGCUGCUGCUCCACUGCUACAGCGAGGUCUAACGGAGCUAGUCUUAAGUACAAGACCCGCCGCUACCUCGGGGACGGAUCACUCCGCAAUAGGUGGACGUAGCCGAAGAGCUCCGGUCGAGCACAAAAUCCGAUCUGAUCAUUUACCACCGGAACAACGGCGUCGCAGCUCAUCGACUUCCGACGCUCGGCAGGAACAUUCGGCGCGUAUCAAUGGAUCCGGUGCCAAUGGUGUUGGACCCGGUCCGGGACGAUUACAGUCCCCACCGCAACCAUUUCGUCCUCAUCAUCAGCUAAUGAACGUACCGGAGGGCAAUCAGCAGCUAAAUGGAGGAACUAACGGUGUUGGACACGGUACACCUACCGGUGGUAUUGGCGGUAACCGCAAGUUGACACUACGCGAACAGCAAGUUUUCCAGCUGCGCCGUGAAAUGAUGCAUCCGGGCGGUGUACGAUUGCAGUUGCGUCGGAAGGACUGCAUCAACUCCAUCGGGCUGGUGGAUGCGUUCGGUGCCGUCUGGGUGGCAGGAUGGAAACAGAAGGAACAUCCGGUGCUGUACAAUGCGCUUCACAUCGGCGACCAGAUGAUCAGUGUGGCCGGUGUUGCGAUCAUGUCCGCAGCCGAUGCACACAAAGCUAUCCGGGCAGCGCCGGGUUUGUUUGUUGAACUUAUCAUUCGUCGCGUUCCGUUUGGGCGGGUUUACGCCAUUCGACGCGAACUCGAUGGACAGUGCUUGGGACUUAUACGAGACGGCAACACAUCUACGAUCGUGGACGUUGUGCCGAACAGUUUAGCUGCACGGCAUGGGUUGCCCCCGAAGGCAAAAUCUUGUGAUGGAUUAUCGUUAACCUUUUGGGUGUUGACGGAAAUCAACGGCAGGCCGUUAAAUUUAUUCUUUAAGGAAAACGAAAUACGCGAUCGUUUGAACGCAGUCGGGCGAGAUAUAUCGAUAUUGGUACAACCAGCAGAUCUGGUUACGAAGCUGAAGAAGCAACUCAAAUCUCUACGUGGCCACAAGGAUUUUAUUGUGCAAUAG